AUGGAGCUCGAUGCUGAUACCAUGGAUGACUCGAGGACAUCGCUCGUCGGCCGAAAGCGCGAUCUUCAUGAGGGAGAAGCGCUCGCGAUGAAGAAUUCCGAGCCAGAUUCCCUCGAGAGUUCCACCAUACCUGCCUGCAGCGCAACGAAAGGAGAUGGCGAGACUGUUACGACAGCCUCAAAACCACCUGUUGACGUGUCGAGUAGAGCGGAUGGGGAGCAGCUUGGUAGUGCGCAACCUAUUGGAGGGGAAAACCAUCCAGAGUCGGCAUCCGCAGGAGCCCAGGGAGAGGGUGCACUUGCAACAAUGGCUGAGACUACACCUGAAGAAGGGCGCUCCAAGACCGAAGAUGCUGCAACUGAGCAACAUGGAAAUGUUGAGGAAGUCCCUCAUACUUCUUCCGUGCGAAGCAAGGCUACUUCUUUGCCCACGAACCAACCGCCGCUGUAUCCUUUUGAUACCGAACAAGGUUGCACGCAAGCAGGCACGCAAGCACAGAAUCGUGUUCCGGCGUUUGGACAGGAUAAUGCACAAUCACCUUCUUUUCAAGAUGGACGAAUACCUUCAACCUCGGGAUGGAAUUCCGGCGUACAGCCUGGACUCCGCACUUCUUUUGGCAGUAAACGGUCAUCGCGUGCUAUUAAAUCGUCCAAGCAACCCCAAGUCGCACAGCCAAAGGAAUUUGUGGUUGGCGAGAUUAGGGAAAUUGAGAUUGCGAACAAUUCUCCCAACCCUCUCUCCACCGCAAGCGAUCAUUCCAUAACCAACAGUAACCCUCAAGCACCGAACUUGGAGAGCGUGCCAGCAGAGCCACCUACAGUAUCACUUGAAAAAACGCUUCCGGAGGCUUCGAAGAUGCACCAAGAAGAACCAUUCGAAUCUGUCAAUGCUGGCACUCGAAGCAAAUCAUUGGAAGCAUUAACAGCUGAUGUCGAUGUGGUUCUUGCCUACACAAAAUUCUGGCCUCUCCCUCACUCAUGGACAGCUGCUAAUCUGAUCAACACCGGUAAGACGUUCUACCCUGCGCCUGCAAGAGAAUUACGGAAAUUUCAACAUCAUGGUGAGUCAUUUGCGACCCCCUUGAUGUUAAACGAACUUGGCAUGCCGUAUAAAAUCCAGGACUUUUCCUUCAAUAUAUUUGCGCCAGAAUUCUUGAGACAAAACUUAGCUGUCAUUCGCAAUUGGGAGCUUGGAGAUCUUCGCAGCGCUUUCCAUUGCUACCAAAAUAAUUGGUAUUUUCAUCUCCCUAAGCUCCAGCCAAUCUUAUUGGCAACAUCUAGAGCUGCUGGUCAUCUAACAUUUGAGGAGGCAAUGGAAUUAGCCAGAGACGAUCGCGCAGUCAUGAAAACUGAUACCAAGUCAUCAGCUCAAGUUCAGCAAAACCCACUUCUCCCAAAGAUUUCGAGAAUAUCGUCAUCUCCAACAGACAAACCCCAAAGCCUGGUUUCUCUCACGAGCAUCACCAUUGACCUCACUGGCGAGUUUACGAAAGGACAAGGUGAAGAUGUUAGAAUGACUGACGCGUUGUCCUCUGCAACCCCCAUGGCUGCUACUACUACCCUCAGUGCCGAGGAGAUGAGACUCCAGAGGAGAUAUUUUCCCGCAGAUGGCAACGAUGAUUCAAUCUGCCGAUGCCUUGCUUGUGGUGACACUGGUCAUAAGGUUGGGAACUGUCCAGCUCUAUCAUGCGAGCUUUGUUUGCAAGUUGGAAAGCAUUCAACCUUCACCUGCCCUAGCAGUUUGCGUUGUAGUAAGUGUCGUCAACGAGGCCAUAAGACUGUGAACUGCUCAGAAAAGCUUUCUGCGAGAGCAGAGUCUAGUUCAUGUGAGAUUUGUGGCUCCCAGGAACACUUGGAAGAAGAGUGCCAUUUCAUCUGGCGGAGCUUUGUACCCAAACAAGAAGAAAUUAGGGUCGUUCGUGACAUCCCCAUACAUUGUUAUCAAUGCGGGGCCGACGGUCAUUAUGGGCCAGCCUGUGGAUUGACUAGGGGCUCCUCACUCUCUAGUGAUCACCACACGUGGUCUAUCGCUAAUCAUCGAAAAUAUGUCGAUCCUAUGAGCGUAAAUCGAGCUCUUUCUGCGGGUGUCGACUACUCAAUCCCGAGGCCAAAUCAGAAGGAAUUCAGUAUCAAGGGCAAGGGUAGGGCCAAUGAUCCAUUUACCAUUGAAGAUAGCGACGACGAAGCCGAUUUCAUCCGUCCCAAGAUCAACAAACCCUCGACUCAACAUGGUCACAUUCAUUUCAAUAAACCCUCGAAAACGGGCCCUAGGGCUCCCAAUGAGGAUUCGUAUCGUCCCCAAUACCAUGAUUACCAUGAUAGUGAUAUGAGGUUUAAUGUUCAAAGUCACAUCCAGGACCCGUAUUCUCAGGGAUAUCAGCCAAAUCUCGCGCCCAGUUAUCCGCCUAUAGAUCAGUUUCCGAAUGCAAUGGGAUAUAACAGAAGAAAGAGAGGCCGUGCCAAUAGUCCCAAUCCAGGUCCUCCCGUAUCAAGCAAAAAACAAAAGAAGAAAAAGAAAGCCCAGAGCCAACAAGCGAACACGAAACCCACCGGUUCUGCUUCGAAUUUGGCGCCAGCUAGUAUAAAACCUCAGAAGAAGUUGAACAAAAAAGCCAGGAAGCGCGAGCUUGCAGCAAAGACCGCAGCGAAGUCUGCUGGCGGAAAAAGUAACAAACAUUGA